AUAAGUUUUGAGUUAAAGGCGGGUGCGGGUUACAGCUGACUUCAUUAUCCGCAGCGCCUGCUCCUGAUAUGUCUCUCCGCUAUUCGAACGAUUCUAAUUUUGUGUUCGAUGAUGCUUCAUAUAACGAUCUGGAACUAGUUCACUUUCGUCUUACUGAUUCUGCCCUGAAAGAUAUUGAGCAACUCGCUAGCACUCCAGGAAACCACAGCUUUAGCAUUACGUUCAGUGGGUCCGAAGGAGUAAUGUUCUAUUAUAUAAUUAUUUCACUUCCGUAGUCUUUUAUUGUCCCUAUCGGGAAAAACAGCAGCAAAUUUACAUUCAGUACCUCAAGCUUAACAAGUACUCACGAUGAAUCUUUUAAUUGCUUGCGCACCAAAGGAAUUUCAACUCAUUGUCUGGGAAAGAUGGUCUCCAGAAUCACUGUCAACGCUAAGGAGGAUAGCUUUUCAGCGGCUAAGGAGCGAAUGACACAAUUAGAAGACGAAAAUAAAAAGUCUCAAACGAAAGAAAUCAAAUCUGCCAAAUCCAUGGCUUCAAGAACAGCAGUACCUCAACCCGCUCACAAACAAGGCAGUCAUGGUGUAAAUUUAAAGGGAAAGGGAAAUGAAGUUUCACCUCAGAACAUAGAUUUCCCUAACGUAGCCAAUCGAGUUCAGUCACAGAAUCCUGUUGGUUGUGGUCCCAGUCCUCCAUUACCUAAUCCAGAUGUUUUGGCACGCUCACUGAGAGAACGCAUUAUUCACAUACUGGCAUUACGACCUUAUCAGCGCCCCGAAUUAUUAUUACGGUUGUCCCGUGAUGGCUUGUCGCAUACCCAAAAAGAGCAAAUAUCCGACAUAUUGUCGUCAGUCGGUCGUGUUGGAAGGCAAUCGGCAUACUACCUUAUACCGUCUGUGGUGUCAGAAUUAGAUGCCAACUGGCCAGGUUAUACUGGUGCUGAGAGAAGACGGAUCAUUUCUCUAAAGACUAGUCAGCAGUCUCAAACUCCCCCCAAAUCUCCUACUGACCAGUCUCGAACCGCUUCUCCUGACAAUUCGUCCACCCCCUCUGAUGACCAGUUUACUCGACGUCCAACAAGAGCAAAUGCUCCUUCGGCACCUCAUGCAUUAAGUAAGAAGAUUGCUGCACUGGAUAUGUUGUGUGCAGGAGUGAGUGAUGUGGAAGUUGCCGCCCGUCUAGGAGUAUUCCGUGGACUGUUGGAUCAGUGGCGAGCUAAUGAAUCAGAACUUCGAGAGAAAUUCCGUCGACUGAAUGCAAACACAAAUUCAGUACCCUCAACUCAGAUCUCCAGUUUAAAUCAACACUCUCAGGUGUAUGAUAAAUCUGUCAAUGUUCGUCACCAAAAUCCUACAACGUCUACUGCAAAUGAUGUUGUUGGCAGUCAACGUUCUACUUCAAUAAAUCCUGGAAAUACAAUUUCUCCUCAUAAGCGAGCUAAAUUAGAUGUGCCUAAUACACCUAGUUCUACUGAUCAACAAAUGGACUUAACAUAUUCUACCUCUGAUAAAACUGUUUCAAGAUCAUCUGUUCUACAUUCAUUUCCAAAUCAAAACAAUGAUGAUCAUAACAAUCAAACUAACGCUAUUUCUCCUCCACUUCACGAUAAUCUUCACACACUUGAUACGUAUAGUCGUUCAAAUCAACCUUGUACAUAUAAUAUAGCCGGUGGAAGUGAAGGAGAAAGUGCCGAGCACACUCCAUUCUCUAAUUCAAGUACUGGUAGCAGUGGUUAUGGUGGUUCGAACAACGGCUUGACUGCCUCUAGUGGAGUAGUAAAUAGUAGCAUUAAUGUUGACAAUCGCCGUGAAGGAUUAAUAGGAUCUACAUCUCGAUGUCAUUUGACAAUGUCUGUUCAUUCUGAAUGCUUGUCUAGUCGCUUAAAAGCUGAAGAUCAAUUGUCUAAUGGUAAUACAACAAAUACACCAGCAUAUGGUGUAACUGAACAAGCUUUGUCUCAAAGUAUUGUCGGAACAGAUGGUUUUCAUGUAGGCGAUUUGAGCAGUAAAUUGGCUGAAAUCGAUCGGCUUUAUCCAGAAAUCUCAACAUCAGAACAAGCUUCAAUGUAUUUAGCUGAAUUUGAAUGUACCUAUCCAACCUAUCUUAGAAUGUAUCAUUCAUUCUCGGAUAUUUGGAAAACUGUCAGUAAUCUACGAAGUCAAUUAUUAGAAGCUACUAAAACUGAAGGUUUCGAUAGUGCUACUACAACACAUUUAGCAAAUCAAUUAGAUAAAUUUAUACGUCGUUCUCGUUCACAAAAAUAUCGUGAUGAUGAAAUUCAAUUAACAUUGAUGGUACAUAAAUUACGAUUGUUAAAACAAAGGCUUGCUGUAUCACAACACAACAAUAAUGGUGGUCGUCAUCGUGAUCGUAUUAUACCUGUUACUACUAAUGGUGAUGUAACAGGCGAUAAAAUUGAUCGUCUUUCUAGGUGUAAUAAUAAUAAUAAUAUGAAAUCUAUUUCAAUGAAAUCAUCAUUUAAUAAAGUUUCUUCAAUGUCUAACAAGAAUAUUACUCAAUCAUCUGAUAAUAAUGAGAAUAAAAAUAGUAAUCGUCUUAUGAAUAAUUGUCAUCGUCAAUUACUAACUGAUUCAAGCGAUUAUUCAAACCUACUCCCAUGUAAUCAAGUUUGAAAAACUAUACAUAAAUGAGAAUGAAUAAUACAGCUACUUAUUUCCUUUCUUAUCAUUUUACACCUAAUAAGACUAGAAAAACUUAAUUCUCUCAAAGAUUGUGCGCGGUGUAUUUGACUCUCUCUCUCUCUUUCUCAACCACCCACCCUCCCUCUCUUUCUCGUUGUCUUUCGGUUCAAUAAAUGCUUCAAUUUUCUUGUCAACCUCUUAUAUCAAUAGUUGUCUUGUACCGGCUAUUUCACACUUAUUAUUACUUUUUUUUUAAAAAAAAUGUUGCUAUGAUUGCAUUCAUGAUGAAUAUGUGGUAUGAACUGAAAAGAAAAAGAGAGAGAGUAGUUAGUUGAGCUACCAUUAUUCCUGUAUACAUAAAUAAAGCACACAUCAUUGUUAACUUUGAUUGAUUUAUGUAAGAUUUGUUUGUCUCUUCUCUUCAAUUUUGUUUUGUGCCUAUGUUUUGGUUGAUUUUGUCUUUCUUUUCUCAAUUUAUUUUUUAUAAAUUUACAAUAAUCUGUGUUAUUACUGGUGUUUACAUAUAUAUGGUGUUCUGUCAAACGUACUGACUACUACUAGUUUUCCGAUGUUUCUCUUCUUUUUUUAUAAUUACCCCUGUGUUUAUUUACUGAUGUAUCUAUCCUAUACACAGUUUUCUUUUACAGUUAAUUCAUUAAACAUAAUCAUUAAAAAAAAGAUAAGUCAUAUUAUAUAUUUACAAAAAUAUGUAAUCAAGAAAACAUUCCUUUAAUUAAUUUUAGUGUUGCUAUAUAUUCCUCCUCCCCCCCCCUCUCUCGAUGGAAUAAUGUAUGUUGGUAUUGUGACCCAGUUACUGCGACCUAAUCGUUAGUUGAUGUUAUUAUUCCAAUUAAACAAUACUAUCAUCUGUGAAAUGAUCCAACACAGUAUUAUUAAUAUUAUUGUUAUUAUCAUUAAUAUAAGCAUUUCCUAUUUUAAUCUCGGAAACAACUAGUUUCGAAUAAGUUGAUAAGCUCUAUCCAAUUGACAUAUAUUUAUAUAUUUAUACAAAAUGUAGUGAGGCAUUUAUUACCUUACAUUUCAUCAAUAAAAUGAAUUAAAAAAAUUCUUUUGUCCAUGCUCUUACUGAUAAAAAAGAUACUUAAAUAUUAUAAACAUAAAUUAUAUAUGCCUAAGAUUCCAAGAUGUAUCUGCAUUAUUUCUCUUUGUGUUUUUUUCUCUUAUUGUUGUUACGGUCUUUGUUGUUGUUGAAAGAUUCAUGAAUUACUUUGUUCCAUUUCACCUCUGUCAUAUAUUAGUUGAAAUGAUCGACAUUCAAUGUGUUUGUUAUACAAGAUAGAUGAUCAGCUCUGUGACAGUGUGUACACAUGUUUAUUAUUAUGAUAAUGUAUGUUAUUUGAGAUCUCUAUUUUUCUUUAUUCUAGACUUUAAAAUUCCCGUGAUUAUUAUUACGAUUGUUUUGCAUUCCAUUUAUUAAACAAUUACAUAUGGAUAGUUGAUUUGUAAUUUAUGCUUCUCUUUGCUCGCCUCCACCGAGUCUUCCUUCCUUCUUUCCUUCAUAGUGUUCUUUUUUUUUCCAUAUGUUUGUGUAUGUACGAGAGUGAGAGAGAGAGGAGAUGUUUAACCUUCUUAACAUCUUCUAGUUACGGUUUAUUGAUCUUCGAUAUUAUUAUUAUUAUUAUCAUCGCUUUUAAUUCAUUUGUCCGGUGAUUUGAAGUUUGCUAUCUCUUCACAUUUUUCCGAAUACAAAUUUAUCUCAAUGAUGUAUGUAUUUACCAAUAACAUUAUUGUUCAUAAUGUUAAAUGAAGAUUAUUUCACCUUUUUUUUACCCCUAUUGAUAGUUGGUUUAUACUCUCUCUCUCUGUGGUAUUCUUCAUGUUCAGUAAGCAUUUCAUUUAAACAGAGUUAAAAAAAUUUAUUUGUUCACUUGUGUUCAUUGUUGUAUUAUGACUGUUAAUUCCAUUCUUUUUUUUUUCUCUAUCACUUCUUUAUUCUACAUCUGUUUGUAUUAUUACACCGCUGCUGCUGUCUCCGCUGUAUGUAUGUUUCAUAUGAAAGUGAAUAACUAUUGUAAUUUGUUGUGAUGUAAUUAAUCGGUCUUUCAUAGCGCAUUAUUAUAAUGCAACAGUUAAAAUCUACCUAUUCGUAAGUCUGGUUUUUCUGUUUCUCUUCCUUCUUUUUUGUCGUUUUUUUGUGGGCAUAUCGUUUCUUUCUCUCUCUCUCUGUGAACUUUGUCCAUUCGCACACAUACAUACAUACGUUUGUCUUUAUUUCUAUGUAAAUAUUAUGAUUAUUUAUUUUGGUGUUAUGAGUAAAAUGGUGGUUCUACCUAUCUAUCUAUCUAUAUCUAUGUGAAUGUCAAUUUCAUAUUGACUAAAUUGAUUUGGUUGCUUCUCUUUUUUUUCUCUCUCUUUUUAACAAUAAAACAAUAUUUUUUGAUGUUUAUUCACACAAUGAGGUAUAAAUAAAUGUAAACAAAGUAAACAAACAGUUUCAUACUUAUGUUAUAUACAGAUAUAUAUAUAUAUAAUGUGAAUAAGGAUUG